GUUGACAUAAAUGUCCGUGCCAGUGAAAUUGCUAAUUAAUAAUUUGCCAAAAGCUUCAACUAUCCACUAACAACACUGAACUACAUACACAUCGGAGAUUGAACAUUUGAACGCUUAAACCGUUCGGUAUCUUACUAGAGAGUAAAGUUAUUAAUUGUUGGUAUUUUGUUUGGAAUUGGUCGAUUCAUUCCAUUUGAACCAAUUAUUGAUACUGGUGUUUACCAUCAGUACAUGAAAGAUGCAAAUCAAGGAUCCAGAACGUUUCAAAACCUGGCUGACAGCCGUCCUGGGACCAAUAUGCGAAGCUGAUCCCGCAGCUCUAGCCAAAUAUAUAUUUGCAUUAUUGAAACGUGAUCGGCCGAUAAAUGAACUUCAGAAGUUCCUUCAAUCACAACUUGAAGAGUUCUUGAAUAAUGAUACUGAAGGUUUUACUGUCUUACUAGUGGAAACGUUGCGAAACGAGUCUUACUUGAUCGAUGAUCCGGUCGAGAUCAAAUGUGAAAUUCCAGUCACUUCGUCUGGGGAAAAAUCUGAUACUGGUGAGAAACCAAUUAUUGAUAAACCGAUUAUUAGAGAUGAUGAAAAACCUAGGUCUAGAUCUCGUUCCCUUGUGCUGUCAAGAUCACCGAGGGCUAAAGAUGCCAAAUUCACAAGAUCCAAACGCUAUCGACGGGAUGAUCAUACUAGUGAUGAAGAUGAAGAAAGAGAAUCAUAUCGUAAGUAUCGUUACCACGGUCGGUCAUGGUCACCAAGAAGAUCAAAAUCACCAAAAUUCAAACGCAGGUUCAGGUCACCAAAAAACCGGUCCCGAUCUCAGUCUGGAUCACCUGUUAAAAAACCAAAAGAAGAUAUAUUCGCUGAAUUCAAAAAAUCCGAAGGUAUUGAAAAGAAGACAUUGGGACGAUGUGUUGAUUUCGAUGAAAAAGGAUACUGUAUGAAAGGUGAUUUAUGUGUUUAUGAUCACGGAAAAGAUCCAGUAGUGUUAGCUACUGGUAAUGGUGUCUUAAGUUUCCAAAAUGCUGGGGCAUCUUUUACAAACCCAUUGGCUCCUGCAUUUCCAGUACCUAUUGUUCAAAAUGUACAAGUGCCUGUACCAGUACAACCUUAUCCGCAAGCCCAAAAUCAACGAAUGUACUAUCCAAGUACAGAAGGAUCUUAUUGGGUUCGAGGAAGCGGAGAACAGAAAUUUUCCAAACAAAAACGUGAGUUAGUUAGUGUACCUACUGGUGAAAUCCAAAAUCGUUUUAAAAGAAAGAACUUUAAAAAAGAAGAAAAUAAUUCCAACAACAAUAAAAAGCCAAAGUUUGAUUAUAGACGUUUAGGUCCUAAAAUAUCCUCCAAUGAAGUACAAUUGAAAAAUGUUCCAGAAAAUUUAAAUAAUAUUAGUAGCUUGAAUAAUAGUUUUAUGAAGUUUGGAAAAAUCACCAACAUUCAAACAAGUAGUGAAAAUAAAGAAGCCACAAUUACAUUUUCUGCUUCUCAUGAAGCACAAAAAGCCUAUCAAAAUAUAGAAACUGUUUUUGGUACUUUACCAAUUACAGCUAAUUGGUUUUCUGAUAAUUCAGCUGAAGUAAAACCAGCAGAAGACAAAGUUACUUUACCUCCACAAAAACCUAAGACUCUGUCUUUAGAUAAUAGAAUUACUGGUCAGACACGAUUAACAAAUGAAAAAGAAGCCGAAGUCAUCAAAUCAUCAUUGCUUAAAAAACAAGAAGAAGCUAAAAAACUAGCUCAAGAUUUUUCCGCUGCUAUCACCAAACGUAAACAAGAACUGUUGGACAAACAGUUGGAACAAUUAAAUAAACUUAUAGAAGCUGCUCCUAAUGUUAAAGGUGAACAAAAACAAAUGUUAAUGGCUACUAUUAUUCAACUCAAAACUAAUAUUGAAAAUAUUCAAGCUGACUUGGCUUCUGCAGUAAAAAGACCAAUUAUAUCUCAAUCUAAUGUAAAAGUUGUAAAUAGCCUACCACCAAAAACACCUACUAAAGAGGAUAAAUUAUUAGAAGCCAAACAAGAAGCAUUGAAGAACUUGCUGUUAACUGAUUUAGAUUUAUUUAUUAAACAACAACAAGGACAUAGCGAUGAAAAAGAAAUAUUAGAUUUGAAGAAAAAUGUUAUUAUUUUAAGAAAUAAACUGAAAGGUCUUGGAAUUACACCGGCAUCUGGGGUUGCUAAAACUGCAUAUCAAAUGAAAGAAAAAUUGGCUAUUGCUAACAAAUUGUUGGAAGCUAAAAAUAAAGUUCGAGAAACAAAAACUACCAGCAUCUCAGUUGACCAUCGACCAACUCAAUUAUUAGUGUCUGGGUAUGAAGCAGAUGAUGAAGACCAAGUCGUAACACAUUUUUUACAGUUUGGUAACAUUAUUGAAUAUAUAUCUGAUACAAUAAUUCCUGCGUUAGUUAUAAAAUAUGAAAUAAGAAAAGAUGCAGAAACUGCACAGAUAAAGGGUAAGCUCUUCCAAGAUAGAAGGUUAUCAGUAACGUGGUAUAAUUCACAACAUGAUUUUGUUGAUACUUCCAAUAUAAAAGCCGGACCAUGCAUGGGCGCCCGGUUGGAAGACAAUUCACCUGCCAAACACUUUGAAGACAAGGAAUAAUGAUUAUUAUUAUUGUUUGUGUUUUGUUAAAAAUGUGUGAUCUAUAUACCUAAAUGAUGUAUAUAAUAAAUAUAAUUAUUAUGGUAAAAAUUAAUAUUUUAAUCAUAUAUCCCAUUGUUAGAGAUAUAUUUCCUUGAUUGUAUCUAUUUAGAUGAUUUGAUAAUCACCCAUUAAGGGGAUGUCUGCACUUGAUGAUAAAUUGUGCAUGUAAUUCUUAAAAUUAGGUCUUAAGAAAAUUGAGAUAAAAGAAAUCUGUAUUUAUGUUAGUAGAUUUUACAUUUUAAUUGUUUAACUUAUCUUCGUAAGUUCAAUACUAUUGUUCAUUAUUUUAACACCAUAAAAGAUAAAUUACAAACCGUUUCCACAAUUCUAAA